AUGGCGGAAGAAGACGAGGAUUCAUCGUUAGAACGCGUUCUUCAAAGGCACAGAAAGGAAGCGAAAGAUCUUCAGGGUAUAAGAUCGUCUUCCUUUUUUAAUACUGUUUUUCUGACAUGUUAUGAAUCUUUAAGGGAACUCAGAUUUUUUUACUAUUUCCCACGCUUAUGACAAUCGGUUCAGGCGGACUUUUGCUCUCAUAUUUGUGGAAUGUUACGACCCAUCAGAUCAUAGGUAACUGUGCAUUGUGAGGCUAUCCUUAUCUCAUAUCUGUUGAAUGAGGCUGAAAGAACAUUCGAUCUGUAUUACUCCACCGAAGAUAACUUAAAAUAAUGUAAGAUGUUUCAUUGAAUUAUUUGUUGUACUUGUUUGUUUGUUUGUUUUUUCAGCCAAAAUCCAGGCGUUGAAACACUCUGUUCCAAAAGGUGACAAAAAGAAGAAAAAAGAGAUGGCUCUUGAGAUUGCAAAGCUGGAGGAAGAUUUAUCCGUGAGACAUAAGAAUGAGCUGGACUCGCUGCAGAGUGACUCAAGUGUUAGUUCUUGCAAAUAAGUAUUUUUAAAACAUAUUCCUAAAUCAUUGUGUCACUGCCCUUCCUUGCAACGCCUUGUUUUUUACUUAAAAAAUAUUUUUCAUGAAUGUUUGGACCUAAUAAUAUUAGAUGGAACAUUCUUCCUACAGUAGCAACAUCCAGUUUUGUGAAGCAAAUCAGUAUUUAAGAUAAGACUCUCCUAAUGAUUCAAUAACCCAACUCUCAAGUUGUUCCAGAGUCUCCAAGAUGCAGCACAAAUUUUCUGUUCACCAAUACAAAGGGGAAGGGGGGGGGGGGAAGGUUAUCCUGAUUCCAUUUCAUGCACAAAUUUUUUAAAAAGUCAUGUGUCAGGUAUACUUUAUACAGCAUUUCAUGCAUCAAAAACCUGUAAGGGAAAACUUCAAGUCUCUCCUUGUGUGUGAGGUUUCAGGGAAAUCUUGAGGUUUUCACAAAAUGAAAGAAAUUUUAUGGGUCAUGUAUAUUUCAGGAGGCAAAUCACUCCUUGUGCUGGUUCACACAUUCACAGAUCUUGUUUGAGUUUCAGUUGGAUUCACUUGUCACAUAUUCAUUUUUACCUUAAUCUCAUGCCACAUAUAAACCCUUUGCCAACCUUGACACACUUUGCAAAAUCUUCUUUUCAGAAUUGUCUUGUUUGUAAGAAUUUGUUGUCUCUUUGGACUACAUAAGUCCAUUUUGCAAAUCUCUGUUUUUGGUAAGGUAGAACAAGAAAGAAGAAAAUUUACAAACUUGUGGGUUCAGAGGUUUUUAGAUGAACUAUUCAUUUAUAAUGGUUGAAGUAUGCUUUUUGGCUGAUUAUAUUUUAUUUAUCUAUUUUGUAGAAAGAGAAUCAUAAGGAACUAGAUGUCACAAAGGAGAUGAAAUCCAUUUCGAUAACCUCGGGUGAAGGGGAAACACACUCUCGAGUUUCAAAAGCACAAAAAAGACGGGUAAAAAUGUACUAUUUUAUUAUUAAUGUUAACCCUUUAACUCCCAAGGUCCGAUUAUCAAUUCUCCCCUUUAGCUGCUACACAUUUCAUUGUAAAUUAGUUUCAAGAACUUGGUGCUAGAUCAAGAUAGCACCUUCUAUGCGAUAAGAUUGAAUAUUCUUAUUACCUGUUUGAUGAAUAAUAUGGAUAUUAUAGGGAGACGUUUCAUGCUAAUCACUUCUGGGAGUUAAAGGGUUAACUAACAGCUGAACAUUCUAGUUCCUGUAAGAGAAUUACUUAUGUAAGUUUUCACAUAGGGGAGACUGGCAAAAUAUGUUAUACUGCUAAUUUUUUCUGUGCAAUCUAUAUAUUUGCAUGACCAUAAAUGAUACUACUCAUCAAUGUUUUCAUUAUUAUUAGGACAAAAAAGCUGCUAAAGAUAAGGAAAGAGAACAAAGAAUUGCUGAAGCUGAAUUGGAAAAUGUGCAUAGUGCACGUAAUGUGGAAGCUGAGAAACUAAAAGAAAUCUUGGCAACCAGAGGAUUGUCCAUAAAAGAGGUAUAUUUUAUUAGGAAGGUGCUACCAAUCAUGUCUCUAGCUAGGAUCAUUGUUAUACAAGGUUUGGUUUAUUGCCCAAAAAUAGUUAAUUUAAAUGCUGGAGAACAGAUUGACAAAUUCAGGAAGAAUGUAUCCAUGAAAAAUGGCCACAUGUAUGGUUGAUAGUGUGACUAAUCACCUAUGCAUAUCAGCAACCUUUCAAGUCAGGCUGUUUGGUGUAGAGAGAAUGACCACAAUAAAUGUGUUUUAGGUGGGCAGAGUAACCCCUUGUGGUGAUUAGCUGAAGUACUAAAGGUCACAGUACAAUGAUAUGCAAACUUCUCAUGAAGCACACUGUAUGUGAUACUGCUAUCAGAAGUUUGACUUUAUCCACUAACUUGCUUGAUUUGCUUUGUUUUCAGAUCACUCCUGAUGGACACUGGUAUGCAAUACUUUAUUUUAAGCUCCUAAUUAGCCAAAAGAAGAUGAAAAAGGAUUGUGUAAAUAUCGUGUAGUGUAGAUGAUAUCAAUAUAUUAUCUGUUUUUUAACAACUACAUUGCUAAAUGGAGGUUGGGUGCCUGAAACGUCCAGGAGCUUCCACUAUAGGUAGCCAGCUCCUAGAUGGAGACUUCUCCCAUGGCUGGUAAAUCCUGGCAACCCAGCCAUGAGCCCCCACACAGGAAAGGGAAACAGGCACCCAUCACACUGAAGAAACAGUGGAAAGAGGGAGGGAAUGGGUGGGGAAAACUGCCUCGGUGAAGAACUGCCACUCCUCACAACGCUGCAAGCACACACUCAAAGUACACACAAGAAUGCCUGAAACAAAGAGCAUAUGGAAUUCUGAUGUAUGCGCAUAUGCAAUAAACUGCUGACUACAGAGAACAUUGAUGCUCUUUGUUGUUAAAUCUGCUAAAUUACAUUUAACAGCAUGCAGAAAUUUAACCUUGAAUUCUUCAUCAUCAGCUUGUACAAUGCUAUUGCUGAUCAGCUGUCUAGGAGAAAUCAACAGGUAUGUAGAAGAAUUCCCCAGAGAGUCUAAAAUGUUAAAUGAAAUUUAGUGUUCUUUUCUAACUUGUGCCUUUUUUGUCAACAUUGUGAAAUAAAUGCUUAUGAAAUGUGUGUUGCUUUAGAAAACAGCCACACUUCUGCUGUGGGGAAUAAAGGAAUGUUAUUUUUAUGCCUGGUAACCAGCAUCCUUAACACAUUCUUUCAAAUUGGCUUUCAGAAGAAACGCAACGGAAGUGAUAAUUAAUAAAUACAAUAUAAUAAGUUACCGCACUGCGAAUUUUACGUUAUUGCCAAUUGAUGGUCAAUCAUUUUUGUGUUUUAGACUGGUAUGCAAACAUUACGAAAACUUGCAGCAGAUUAUAUGUUGAGCCAUCAAGAUGAUUUUUUACCAUUUUUGACCGAUGCGAAAACUGGGAAGCUGUACACACCAGGUAAAAAUUGUAACGUUUUCGCUUUACUUGCUGGAUGAAUAGGGACAAGUUUUUGCUACGAUUUUGGACGAUAUUAGAUCCCAAUGUUGUCAAUGUUUCUAUCUAAUUCUUAUGAAGCGCAUUUAUCAAAGAGCACCGCUGAAGAGGGCGAAGCCUUUUAUGUGAGAUGAAGAAACGCUAUCUCCGGCUCAGUAAAGGGAUGAACUUCUAGGUGAUCUGAAAGCUAAACUAGACGGCUUCAGGCAGGUCUAGAACAGAGCAACUACCCGAGAAGAGGAAGGCAAUUAAAGCACGGUGCCUUGGGUUGAUAGCCUGUUUCUCGCCGUAAAUGUCCGCGUGUCCAAGUUCGAUUCAGGCUGCUGUACCCAGUUAAGCUUGAAGUCAGUAGAGCAGACUAGGAUCCUGUAAUUAAAGCUGAAGAAAUGCUAUCGAGACCUAACUGGUUUCCAACUAUUUUGAGAGAGAGAGAGUAGUUAGCUCAACGGUGAUUUUUUUUAUUUAUUCUGUAUUUGCAGAUCAAUUCGUUCAGUAUUGCGAGGAAAUCGCUGCGACUGCUUCAUGGGGAGGGCACCUUGAGGUAAAUUCUUUGUUUCGCAUUUACAUUACUCAGAUUUAUUGCCUAACCUCAGUGAGAUGCGUGGUGUUUUCUUUUUCGUUUUUGUUGUUGUUUUUUUCGAAGUUAUUUUUAUGUGACUUUUGGUUCGGGGUGAAGGGCCUAGCUCAGUGCCCGUAAAAGUCUACUUGUAGGAAAAGCUUUUUGCCAUUAUUUUUCUUCCUUUAACCCCCGUGUGAGGGCGAAAGAGGAAGGAGAAAAUGAAAGAGAAGCUAAGAAUAAGGUUCUUCGAAGACUCGAGUGUCCAUCGACAGUCAUCUGAAGAGUCAUGGCUUAUAAAGUCAAUGACGAAAGGGAUUUUUUUAGGUUUUUACAGUUUCAUUCGCCGUGAUCGUUUUAACUAAACUUACAGUAUACAUUUUAUUUGAAUUUAAUUGUAGAGAAUUCGAGGAAAAAUAGAACACUGAAGUUACUGCAGAAAUCACAACAUAAUGUAAUGUUUUGGACUGCAGUGCACUAUUUGUUUUGAUUUGUCAAGUAUUGUCGGACGUGGUUCGAGUUAUCGCGGUGAAAAAUAAACAGUAUAGAGAAUGACAUGAGAGGAAACGAAAAUUGCUUCGAGUCAGCGGAAGGUUCGGGUUAUCGAGGGUUGAGUUACCGAGGGUAAAAUUGCAGCAUAUAUUUGGCGGAAAUCCAGGGGAAAUCGAAUUUGGUUUGAGUUAGCGCGGGUUCGAGUUAGCGAGGGUUCGAGUUAGCGAGGGUUCGAGUUAGCGAGGGUUCGAGUUAGCGAGGUUUCGAGUUAGCGAGGUUUCGAGUUAUUGAGAUUCUACUCUUCUGUUAAAGGGCGGCAUUGAAAAACAAUGAUCGUCACAUCAGAAGUUUUUAUCUUCAGUGCCGCCCUUUUACAGUCCUUUUAUAAGUCCAGACCAACCUGAGAGUCGUAUUUUGUCUCCAACGGCUUUCACGAUUACGGUGCGCCUCCGCCAAAUCGAACAUAGUAUCUAUUUUAUUAUAUUUGUUCUAAUUUAUUACGGGGCAAAAAAUGGACAAAUUGAAAUGUCCCGUUGGUUUCGAUACUUAUGAGGUUUCACAGGAGCCUGGGUUCUUUUCGUGUCAUAUACCUCGUCCCCGUGUUUUUAUUGUCCCCUGCCGUAUUCUGACAUUUAAACACAAUUGUCUUCCCAACAGAUCCAGGCUUUGUCUCAAGCUCUAAAGCUUCCUAUAGAAGUUUAUCAAGCUAACGUCCCAGUUCUAAGAAUAGGAGAGGACUAUGAUGACCGGCCAUUAUUGUUAUCGUAAGUGGAAGAAAUACCAACGAAAAAAAGCGCACCAGAGAUGCGCGAGGGAAAGGGCCUCGUUACGGGAUGGAAUGAGAAAGGUUAUCCUUUCCAUAAUCAGAUCCCUCGUCUUAAUGCUAGUCUAUCGCAACCCCGCGGCCUUGGUUUCAAAAGUCAGGACGACCAAGGACGAGUUAGCAGUCUCUGAAUCGAUCUCUCGUUUAACCCUCUACACCUUAACAUUAGUAUGCACAUUCUCCUUUCUGUUCCCUAUACAUUUUCUGGAUGCUGGCAAAGAGAAUUUGUUUAACAAUCAAAAGCUUCUUUAGUUGGUGAUCAGUUUCUUUAUUCUCGUGACCUUAAUGUGUGAUAGAGGUGAUAUUGUAAGGAGAAUUUAUAUGCUUGUCAUUCUUUCGGGUGGAAGGGUUAAGGGAAUGGAAACAAAAUAGACCUUGGGAGUGGGUCUCAAUAGAAUUAACCGUUGGCGUAAGAUGGGCAAAAAUUAGCCAUCAGGCGUAAAAAUUUGACAAAUUUUACCCGUUAGUCGCAAGAAAAGUUAACCGUGAAUACAAUGUAUGGUGACAACAAUAGAAAGAUGGUAAACGUUAGCAGGAGCCCAGUGAUGGGUUCCCGGCUGCCGUUAGCCGAAAAUUGGCCAAAGUUUUAGCCAUUCGCCGUAAAAUUUAACAUCCCCUUAAGACCCUCUAGGGAGGGGGUUGGAAGUCGGCCCCAGGAUUCGUAGAUCACGACUCUAGAGUAUAGAGUCAGUAAAUUCUGCCUUUCGUUAGUUGCGCUACAGCUUCUUUAUAGAUUUAAUUGUUGUUGGUGUUCAUUCAUAAUUCUUGUCUCGAUUUGCUUGUUGUUUUCUAGAUAUCAUCACCAUGAAUACGGUCUGGGAGAGCAUUACAACUCAGUCAUUCCCACAGAAGAAUGUUUUGACAGCUAGCACUUAGAGUAAUGAUUCAUUGAACGCGCUGAAAACGUUUUAUUACAAUCAAAAGACUAUCAAUGUGUACCAGAACACCCAUAGUGGUCAUUUAAAUAAAAGAUUAGACGUCGUGACAUUUGUUUGUCGAAUAUGCCUUUCGGUAACCGAGAGCCAUCCCGUCAUCUAAACUUAUUUGACCAGUUGAAUCGAGUGGAUAAGCUUUAGUUAACGACAGCACCUUUAAUUAAAGGUGAGUAUUUGACAAAGUUUACCUGCUUCUUUUCCACUUUGAUGAAGCUUUCAUCUGAUCGGAUCAAUGAUUAAAGAGUCUUGUGGAAGCGAAAGAGAGUUAUCAGAUCUUGUAGGGGGG